CCGCGGGCGCGGCAGCGGGGCCGGCCGGGCUCACGGCUCCUCCCGCCGGGGCGCUGCCGGGCCGGGCCGGGGGCGGAGGAGGCGGGGAAGGGGGGAGCGGCUGCCGUCACCGAGGCUCCCGACUCACUCGGCUCGUCGCCGCGGCAGCCCCAGCCCCGCUCCCACCCCCUCGCCUGCCCCCACCCUCCUUCCCUUUCUCUCGCUUUCUCGGCGAGAGCACUGUGCUUUCCUUCCCAGAUGGCAGCCGGCAGCGCCAUGCAGCCUCUCGUUCCUCCUCCUCCUCUGCCUCCUCUCCGACUCUAAGUUAAUGCCAUGCUGCCGCUGCUCUUCCCGGCACUGCUGGCCGCCUGCCUGCCGCCCUGCCAGGGCUGGAGCCCCUCGGCGGCUGCCAGCGGUCAGGAGGAGCAGGAGCAGGAGCUCUUCUUGCCCCCUGCCAACUCCUCCUCCCGCUCCUUGGCCAGCCUCGAGAUGGACCUCGACGGCGCAGCGAGCAAGGAGGAAGGGAGCACCGACAGCCCGGGCACGCCGGCUGCCCCUAGCCAAGAGCCUUUCUCUUCCACUCCCACCUCCCCCGGGCAGCAGCAGCAGCAGCGGGAGCAGCAGGAACAGCAGCAGAGUCCCCAGCCGCAGGGGCAGCCACAGCCCGCCGAGGACCCGCACUGCAACAUCAGCGUGCAGCGGCAGAUGCUGAGCUCGCUGCUGGUGCGCUGGAGCCGCCCGCUGGGCAUCCAGUGCGACCUCCUGCUCUUCUCCACCAACAGCCACGGGCGGGCCUUCUUCUCCGCCGCCUUCCACCGCGUGGGGCCGCCGCUGCUCAUCGAGCACCUGGGGCUGGCGGCCGGCGGCGCUCAGCAGGACUUGCGCCUCUGCGUGGGCUGUAGCUGGGUGAGGGGCAGGCGGGUCGGGCGCCUGCGGGGCACCGCUCCCCAGCCCGCUGCCGCCGCUGCCUCCUCCUCUUCCUCCUCCUCCUCCUCCUCCUCGCUGUCCUACCCGCCGGCGGCGGAGCCCGGCCAGUACUGGCUGCAAGGGGAGCCGCUGAAUUUCUGCUGCCUGGAUUUCAGCCUGGAGGAGCUAAAGGGCGAGCCGGGCUGGCGGAUGAACCGCAAGCCCAUCGAGUCCACCUUGGUGGCGUGUUUCAUGACUCUGGUCAUCAUCGUGUGGAGCGUGGCCGCCCUCAUCUGGCCCGUGCCCAUCAUCGCCGGAUUCCUUCCCAACGGGAUGGAGCAGCGCCGCGGCACCACCGCCGGCACCACCACCGCCACCGCCGCCAAGUAGCCUGUCCCGGUGACCCCCCUUCUCUUCGUCGUGUGCUGUGGAGGGACGCGGGACGGACUCUGUCGUGUUUUUGUUGUUUAAAGCGUGCCACAGGUGCGCGGCGGGCCGCGGGGCUGCCUCAGCGCCCGGCCGGCACUGCCCGGCUCCGAGGGGAGCGGCCCCGAGGGGAGCUGUGUGCGCGUUUUGUAUCUUUAAUACCCGUUUUAAACGAACCUUUUGUUAAAAAAAAAAAAAAAAAGAAAAAAAAGGAAAAAAAAAAAAAGGUCCACCCAAAAAAAUCAAAGGAGGAAAUCAGAGAACCUCCUAUUUGGCCAUAUUUAGUGUCAUCGCAGUAGCGUUUUCAUAUAGGAUACAGUUUGAGUGGUGUUUUUCCUUUAUGGACAGAAAGGGACACCUCUCUUGGCAGGAUGGAGAACUGAAGCGAUAUAUAUAUUGUUAUUGCUGAAGCUGAACUUUAAUGAAUCUUUUACACUGUAUUUCCCGGUUGAGAUAGUGUGUAUUUAUUAAUGUAGCUCUGCGUAAUUUGGCUUUUAAUACAGAGAUUUUCUUUCUGGA